GGACGGCCCGCCUCUCUGAGCCAAUGGCCGCUGUUGUCUUCCGCCACUUCCAUCACUGUGUGCCUUUGCUUCUUCCUGCUCCUCAUUCUCUCCCUUCACUUUCGCCUCUGUGUUCAAUCCCUUUACCAUCUUCUAGACCUCGAACCAGAGCAUUCUCUGUAUCAUCAUCCUCUUCACACGCAUCAUCUCCCAUGGACCACUCCCAGAAAUUCAUGGAAUUCCCUUUCGUCUCCGCGCCGCAUAGGGAUUUGAUGGUCGAUCUCGUAUCCAUGAUCGAGACUCGCCUUGACUCCCAGCUUGGUCCCGAUACCCUCCCUCCUGAUGUAAAAUACUACCACAACCAGAGUGGCACCGCCCAAGGCACACUUCACUCAAGAUCUGGCCUUAGCUCCUCCAAGGUUGAUUUCAUAUUGGGAAGUUGGUUACACUGUAACCUGCCAACAGGAGGAGCACUGAACAUUACAAGCAUUUCAGCCUAUCUGAAAGCCUCCACAGAUGCCCCAAACUUCCUAAUAGAACUAAUCCGCAGUAGUCCGACAUCCCUAGUCCUCAUUCUUGAUUUGCCUCCUCGAAAGGACCUCAUCCUUCAUUCAGAAUACCUGAAGACUUUCUAUGAAGAUACCCGGUUGGACUCACUAAGGCAAACACUUUUUAAACUCCCAGAAGUUCAACUAUACUUCUCUCCACAACUCUUCAUUCGUUGUGUCAUCUCACCAACAGCAAUAGUGAUCAAGAUUGACACGGAUGCAGCUGGAGCAGGACGGAUUGAGGAGAUUAUAAAAGACCAUAUCUCUUCUGCUGCAAAAGAAGCAUUGAGGAUAUGGUUGGAUCAAUGUGCUUGUGGAGAGAGGACUGUGGGAGAGGAAGAAAGAACAUACUUGGAAAAGAGGGAUGAGUUGAUAAAGAAAAGGACCAUUGAGAUUGAUCUAGAGAAGAGUCUUCCACGGUUGUUUGGACCUGAUGUAGCAAACCGCGUUAUUGGGGUAUUGCGUGAGAUUUAUGCUGUGUAAGUGCCCCCAUUUCUGAGUAAUAUAUGUAUGUUAUCUGAAUAAAGGAAAGAAAGGGCAAUUCAAUUACUCUAAUCAGCCUCGAAAUCUUGAGUUUUAGAUUUGAGUUUCGUUCUAUGAAUGUUUAGUUUAACCAUACACAAGUUUAUAGUAUAUUAAUUGUAAUAUGUAAUUGAUAUUAGCAGGGCGGACUGCAUAUUUCGUAGCAAUUGAUGGAGGGAGACCAGUCCAAUGUCAGGGGUCCACCCCUCAUCAAUAAUAAUAAGUGCAGUGGACUGCACAUUACUUUUUUUAUAACUUGUUUAUCUAUUUUAAAAUGAAAGUUACCACUUGAUUAUCAUUAGGGGUACAUUGUUUAACAAUUUAGAUUGUUCCGACUGUAAAACAUUUUUUCGUUAUCAUUUUAUGUGAUUUUGUAUAAAAGUGAAGGAGACCACCGACGUCCUUUGACGAGUCCUCCAUGGAUCUGAAUUCACAUGGAAAACAGCUUCUAAGGUCAGGGUGAAGCUUCC